AUGUUAGCGUCAUUAGCAGAGAGUACACUUAGACAGUGUAAUACUUGUUUUAGACGUUGGUUCGCCUUCUGUCAAGAUAGGAAUUUGAAUUUAUUUGAUGUAUCUGUUACUCAUGUGUUAGAUUUUUUUGUUAUUCUUUUUCAAGAGGGUCAAAAAUAUGGUUCAAUUAAUAGUAAUAAAGCAGCACUGUCACUUGUGUUAAAUGCAGUGAUUAUGAAUGACCCUCAAGUAACGAGGUUUAUGAAGGGAGUAUACAAAUUGCGAACCCCACAACCAAGAUAUACUUUUACAUGGGAUCCGGCUAUUGUCUUAGAUUACUUAAGUGCUUGGUACCCUAAUUCAGACCUUUCGUUUGAGAGACUGUCCAAGAAAUUGACAACACUUUUGGCCUUAAUAACUGCACAUCGGGUACAGACAUUGUCGUUAAUUAAAUUGUCUAACAUUAAAAAAUACAAUGAAAAGUUCGUAAUUAACAUCACAGAUCAAAUCAAAACCUCGGCGGUGAAUCGUACGCCGCCAACAUUGAUUCUUCCUUAUUUCGAUGAAAGACCUUCCAUAUGUCCUGCUAGGACUUUAGAACAUUAUUUAAGUGUAUCAGCAACAAAGAGAAAAUCUAACUGUGAUUCCUUAUUGAUUAGUUUUAAGAAACCGUUUAAUAAUGUAACUUCACAAUCUUUAAGUCGUUGGAUCAAGGUCACCCUUCGUGAAAGUGGCAUAGACACGUCUAUUUUUUGUGCACAUAGCACAAGACAUGCAGCAACGUCUGCCGCCAAUAGGUUCGGAGUGAGCUUAGAUAUAAUAAAAAGAACCGCAGGUUGGACCGGUAGAUCUGAAACCUUCGCAAAGUUCUACAAUAGAGAAGUGAUCGCAGAUACCUCUGAUGUCUUUGCUCGUUCUAUUUGUAGGAUGGCCUCGGUCAACGACGUAUAAUGAAGAUGACUUUGUUUUCCUUUACAUGCUGAUAAAUAAGUUUUUAAAUUACAAUAAUACAUUAUCUGAUUAUGUA